GGCAUUGCGAUUGAUCGAUUUCAUUUGAAGUGGUGCUUUUUAGGCGAGAACAAACGCGAGAGGAAGAGAGAAGCUAUGGCGACUCAGCAGCAGCAACAGCAACCUCCCAGCUACGAUCAAGCUCAAUCGCGCGGCGGCAGCGAUCCGUAUGUGUCGUAUCCACAGGUCUAUCCCGGCGGUGGCGAGAAAGCGAAGCAAUCCACGCAGUGGGAGGAGGCGCCGGUGAUGGGCACUCCAGCGAACCCUAGCGCUCAUCCGGGUAAUCAGCAAGCAGCCAUGUCCCAGCGCCCCGAAUUGAAGGAAGGGAAGGGAUUUGACGAGCCCGGAGUGGCGGGAAGCUAUGUCUCGCCACAGGUCGGCGGAGGAGGAGGAGAUCCCAAUAGAGCCGGUGGCGGUGCUGGAAGUCCCUACGUCCAGACAGCAUCCAUCCCAUCCACUCCAGGAAAGAGUCCCAUGGAGUCUAUCCUCGAGAUCUUGAACAAAUGGGGAAAGAAGGCCGAGGGCAUGGCCGAGAACGUAUGGAAUCACUUGAAGGCCGGUCCUUCAAUGACGGAUACCGCGUGGGGGAAGCUCAGCCAUGGCACCAAGGUCUUCACGGAAGGGGGAUACGAGAACGUCUUCAAGCAAACUUUCGGUACCGAGGAGAACGAACGCCUCCGAAAGUCGUACGCGUGCUAUCUCUCCACGUCUACGGGGCCGGUGCCGGGAGUUCUCUACAUCUCCAACCGUAGAAUCGCGUUUUCUAGCGAUCGACCGCUCACGUAUUAUCCCUCGCCGGGACAGCAAGCCAUGAGCUACUACAAGCUGGUCAUACCUGUGGACAAGCUGAGGAGUGUCAAUCCCUCGACCAAUCCACAGAAACCCAUGGAGAAGUAUAUCCAGCUCUCCACCGUUGACAACCAUGAGUUUUGGUUCAUGGGGUUUGUCAACUACGACAAAGGUGUGAAGAACUUGCAGCUGGUGUUGAACAAUCCGAAUGGGUCUUGGGAUUCUUCCCCUAGACCACAGUACAAUGCUUGAAAGCGUCUACCAUUUGUAUAAAUCUGUAUGUGAUGUGAAAUCUUUUAAAGCUUUGUGUGGACUGAACAAACCAAAUUGUCA